AUUACAUGCAUAAGGGCACGAUUUGAAUAAAUGAUAGACAUGCCGGUCUGCGAAAUACGAAAAUAUCUUAAUAUUGAAAAUGCAUGAGUUUGCACUCAUCGAAACUCUUAAGUACUUCCGAAGACGAUAUAAUUAUGUUUGCGGUUAAAGAAAUUUACUUCCUUUACGACAUAACUUGUACUCGUGUGCAGUAGACUACCCAGGGAAUUCAGAUGAUAUAUCCAUAUCAAGUGGCCGUUGAUGCAGUUCACGGGUUGGCAAAUAGCAUUGGAUAAAAAACCUGAACUGAUAUAAGGAUAAAUAUACAUUCAUCGAACUAUCAGACAGUCGGUAGAACUAGGAGGAAAGCAAAGAUCAAACCGAAAGCGAACCACAAAGGCUAUGCCUUGAAUCUUAGCUACUCAACGGGUCUGAAGUAAAGAUACAGACACUUGAAAAGGUAACAAAAUGGAUUCGAAAUCUUCAAAAUCUGUCAUUGCAAACAAUGAUCCAUUAGAAAGAGCAAACACCAGUCUCAAUUUAGGUGAUACCCAUUUUAGAUUAGCAGAGUAUAAAAAGGCUAUUACCUAUUACAUUAAAUAUAGGGAAAUUUGCACUGAAAUUGGCAAUUUUCAAGGAUUAGCAAGUGCCUGUGAGAAACUGGGUUCUGCCUGUUUACACCUAGGACAGCAUGAAGAGGCUAUCGAGUAUUUUUCAACAAGCUUAGAAAUUUUCAUUCAAUUUGACAAUCACUUAGGAGUGUCAACUAACAAUGGCAAUUUAGGCACUGCCUAUUAUAAUUUAGGAGAGCAUGACAAAGCUAUUGACUAUUUCAAAAAAGGUUUGGAAAUCAGUGCUGCUAUUGGCGACAAGUCAGGAAUGGCAAAAAUUAAUGGCAAAUUGGGCAGUGUUUACCUUAGUUUAGCAGAAUAUGAGAAAGCUAUUGAGUAUUUCAAAAGUGGUUUGGAAAUUAAUAUUGCCAUUGGCGAUAAGUCAGGAAUGGCCGAUAACAAUGGCUAUUUGGGCAAUGUUUAUCUUAGAUUAGGAGAAUACGUAAAAUCCGUUGGCUAUUUAAAAGAAGGUUUAGAAUUGAGUACUGCUAUUGGUGAUAAGCCAGGUAUAGCAAGUAAAAAUGGCAAUUUGGGUAAUGCCUACCUUCGUUUGGGAGAAUAUGAGAAGGCUAUAGCCUAUUUUAACAAAGGUUUAGAAAUUAGAACCGCUAUUGGCGAUAAAUCAGGUAUAGCAACUAUAAAUGGCAAUGUGGGCAAUGUUUAUCUUAUGUUAGGAGAAUAUGAGAAAGCCAUUGACUAUUUUAAAAACAGUUUAGAAAUGCAAACUGCUAUCGGCGAUAAAUCAGGAAUAGAAACUAACUAUUGCAAUUUAGGCAAUGCUUACCUUAGAUUAGGAGAAUAUGACAAAGCCAUUAGCUAUUACAGAAAAGGUUUAGAAAUGAGUACUGCUAAUGGCAAUAAGUCAGGAAUGGCUGCUAACAAUGGCAAUUUGGGUAAUGCCUACCUCUAUUUAGGAAAAUAUGAGGAAGCCAUUGAAUGUUAUAUAAAAGGUUUAGAAAUGAGUACUGCUAUAGGUGAUAAGUCAGGAAUAGCGACUAAAAAUGGCAAUUUGGGCAAUGCCUACCUCACUUUAGGCGAAUAUGAGAAGUCCAUUGACUAUUUAAAAAUAGGUUUGGAGAUGAGUACAGCUAUUGGUGAUAAGUCAGGAAUUGCAAUUAAAAAUAGCAAUUUGGGCAUGGCCUACCAUAGUUUAGGACAAUACGAAAAAGCCAUUGACUAUUUCAAAAAAGGUUUAGAGAUAAGUUCUGUUAUUGGCAAUAGGUCAGCAAUGGCAAGUAACAAUAGCAAUUUUGGUCAUGCCUACCAUAGUUUAGGAGAAUAUGAAAAAGCCAUGGAGUAUUUCAAAAAAGGUUUAGAAAUGAGUAUCGCUAUUGGCGAUAAGUCAGGAACAGCAGCUAACAAUGCCAAUUUAGGCAUGACCUACCUUAGUUUGGGACAAUAUACCAAGGCCAUUGACUAUUGCAAAAAGGGUUUAGAAAUGAGUACUGCUAUUGGCAAUAAGUCAGGAAUAGAAACUAGCAAUUGCAAUUUAGGCAUUGCUUAUCUUAGAUUAGGAGAAUACGCGAAAGCCAUUCGCUAUAGCACAAAAGGUUUAGAAAUAAGUGCAGCUAUUGGCGAUAAGUCAGGAAUAGCAAAUAACAAUGGAAAUUUGGGUAAUGCUUACCUUGGUUUAGGAGAAUACGAGAAAGCUAUUGACUAUUUCAAAAAAAGUUUAGAAAUAAGUACUGAUAUUGGCCAGAAGUCAGCAGUUGCCACCAACAAUGGCAAUUUAGGCAAUGCUUACCUUAGCCUUGGAGAUAAUGAAAAAGCCAUAGACUCUUUCAAAGCUAGUUUAGAAAUAAGUACUGUCAUUGGUGAUAAGUUAGGAAUAGCAAAUAAUAAUUCCAGUUUAGGUGUUGCUUAUCUUGAAUUAGGAGAUUAUGAGAAAUCUAUUCACUAUUGCAUAAAAGGUUUAGAAAUAAGUACUUCUAUUGGUGAUAAGGCAGGAAUAGCAACAAACACUGGUAAUUUGGCAAAUGCCUACCUUAGUUUAGGAGACUAUGUGAAAGCCAUUGACUAUUGCGAAAAAGCCUUGGAAUUGAGUCGUGCUAUUGGCAAUAAGACAGGAAUAGCAAGUGGGAAUGGCAAUUUGGGCAAUACUUACCUUAGUUUCGGAGAGCAUGAGAAAGCUAUUGACUAUUACAAAGAAGGUUUAGAAAUGAGUACGGCUAUAGGGUAUAAGUCAGGCAUAGCAAGUAACAAUGUCAACUUGGGCAUUGCCUACCUUAGUUUAGGAGAAUACGUGAUAGCUAUUGAUUACUUGGAAAAAAGUUUAGAAAUGAGUACUGAUAUUGGCGAUAAAUCAGGAAUCGCAAGUGCGAAUGGCAGUUUGGGCAGUGCUUAUAGAUGCUUGGGAGAAUAUGAAAAAGCUAUCGAUUAUCAAAAAAAGUGUUUAGAAAUUAGUACAGCUAUUGGCGAUCAAACAAAAACAGCAAUGGUUCAUGGCAAUUUGAGCAAUGCUUAUAGAUGCUUAGGAAAAUAUGACAAAUCCAUUGACUGUUCCAAAAGAAGUUUAGAAGUAAGUACUGCCAUUGGCAAUAAGUCAGCAAUAGCAAAUAGCAAUUGCCAUUUGGGCAAUGAUUACCUUAGCUUUGAAGAAUAUGAGAAAGCUAUUUACUAUUACAGAAAGGCAUUAGAUAUUAGUACUGCAAUUAGCGAUAAAUCCGGAAUAGCAACUCAGAAUGGCAAUUUGGGCAAUGCCUACCUUCGUUUAAGAGAAUAUGAGAAAGCGAUUGACUAUUACAAAAAAGUUUUAGAAAUAAGUAUUACCAUUAAUGAUCCGUCACUCUUAGCAAGUAGUAAAAGCAAUUUGGGAGCUUUACAUCGAUGUUUAGGACAGCAUGAAAGUGCAAUAUCAUGUUUAAUGGAAUCUAUCAGCAUCUUUGACAAAAUAUUUUUAAACUCAGUACCGGACCAAAAUAAGUUGUCAUUCACUAAACAAUACUUUACCGCCCAUGUAAUGAUCAUGAAUUGUUUUAUUUCUCUGGGGCGCAUUGAAUCUGCAUUAAUAGUCAUUGACCUGGGAAGGGCUAAAGAACUUCAUUGCUCCAUUGAAAGAAAAAAGAAAUCUUUGAUUACAAAAAUGUUCGAUUAUGCAAAUGCGGGAUGGAAGAGAAUCCAGAAUAGUGAAGAACAGGUAGAAAUAGAAGAAUUACAGAGCAUCCUCCAGGUAAGCAGUAACGAUACUUCCAUUAUAGUAUUUGCUUUCGAUUUGCAAGGUUUUCUCAAUGUUUGGGUGUUGAAUGAAGAAGUAAUCUUUAGAGUAUCAAAAUCAGAAGCACGAUUGGAAACAUUUGUGCAACUCAUAAGUGAAUUGCUCAGAAUGGUGAAUGUGAAUGUUAAUCGGGAUUCUUCGUUUUUCGAACUCGAUUCAGUGGCCAGUAUUGAUGAAAAAUCGAUUCUUCCUUUGGACGUUUUUAAAGAAAAAUCUCCGUCUAAAAAUCUUUUUAAGAAACCUGCUGUUGGGCAUGAUGAUUUAAACCAAGACGGUAUUUUGAAAACAUUGUUUAAACUGCUUCUUGACCCUGUAAGCGAUGUGAUUAAAGGCAAUAAGCUUAUAGUUGUUCAUGACAAGCAAUUGUUUUUUGCCCCAUUUUCGUCAUUGAUUGAUGAAAAUGGUUGUCAUUUAUCCCACAGUUACAGCAUUCAAGUUACGCCAUCAUUACACACUCUAAGGUUUAGCACCGAACGCUCUCAAGAUCUGGGCCUUGGUUUUGCGUUGUUUGUUGGUAAUCCAACCGUUGGGACGGUUUCCUUAAAUGGAAAAGAAUUUUCACCCCCUGCCCUACCAAAUGCUGCUAGAGAAGUUGAAUGUCUUUCAAAGCUCUUCAAUGCUAGACCCUUAGUGCGGCGUGAAGCUAGAAAACAGGUUGUACUGGGUCUUUUAUCUGGGGCUAGCAUAAUCCAUAUCGCUGCUCACGGUGAACAACUUCGAGGUGAAAUAAUGCUUUCCCCUAACGUUUCCUCGACUCGGCCAACUUCGACUCUUCCUUAUCCAGACGACUACCUUCUCUCACAGAAAGAUAUUGUAAAUACUUCUUUGCUAGCUAGCUUAGUAGUUUUAUGCUGUUGCCAUACCGGGCAAGGUGAGAUUUCUUCCGAAGGUGUCAUAGGUAUUGCUCGGGCAUUUAUUGCAGCCGGGGCUCGCACUGUUCUCGCCACACUAUGGCCCAUUAGUGAUGAUGCCACGAAAGAGUUUAUGGAAGUAUUUUAUGGUGAGUUGUGCCAGGAAACAUCGGUUUGUGAAGCCUUAAGAAAGACAAAGAAUCUCUUCCAAAAACACCAAAUCCAGGCAUAUCGGUCUUACACAAUCUGGGCCCCAUUUACCAUCUACGGGGAGGACGUGGUUUUUCAGAAACAUGACAUCGAAAAUAUCAGAGAUAAAUCACGUGACAUGUUCUCUGGUUUUGUUGUAUUACCCUAAAGUUUGUAAGUAUAAUAAUCAUAUAGCUAUGUUUAAUCAGUAUCGGAUUUGAUAUAUUCUGUUAUUUAAAUCAAUAUAAGUAGACAUUUCCUCUCUUCAAAGUGUGAUAGUGCGUUGGACGAAAUACGAUUGGUAUGCAGUGUUGCAGUUAUCGCCAAGGCGUUAGUAUAUAUCAAUUUCAAUUCAAAUUGUGAUUUAAAAAUUCCCUAUCCCCAUUAUUUGCCUACUUAUUCGCUGGUCCCAAGAAGGGGAGUAUCAUUUUCUUGCAAGUGGCUUGAACCAGGCUUUCAUCCUUUCGUUUUUGAGGUAUCGGGCCAGUCAGGAUUAGAACAUUAACCUGCUUACUUCUCUUUCUUACUUCUCUUACUGCUUACUUCUCUAAUUCCCAAUAUGCAAGUAAAUUAUAGGUAGGGUAUCAUUUCAGUGUUAAAACAAUACGCUAUAGCAAGCAGAUAUUCUAUUAUUUUUUUCCACUGAUCAUGGUUUACAUCAAAUAGUUAUACUCUUGAAAAAAAGGGGGGUGGCUGCCUGUAUGAAAUUUUCACUGAUGUAAGCAGCACUUUAUUUGACUUUG